UCAGUGGCGUACGUUUGGCUCAUCCGUGAUGUGCGCAAAGUGCGAACCAUGAGUGUAGUGCGUAGGGCGGACUCGCGGACCGGCGUGUCGGCCGGGACACCGGUGGUGUCCGGCGUGGAGUCUGCGGUGGAAGUGUCCGUCGGGUGCGGAGACCCGGUGGGUCGAGAAAACUGGAAGCUGGCACAACAGGCAGAACGAGGAGAAGCCAUCGCGGUAGGCGUCGGCUCUGGCGAUUGGAGAAUACACAGCACAUGUGAGGUAUCCGAACAAGACAGUCUUGAUGAUCACUGUUCACAUAUAAACCGUAAGCUAGUGCCAAGAUCUUCGAAAAUGGGUCGAGGAGAAAGACCUAAACUCAAGAGUAGCCGGACGAUCAUGAAUUUGCUCACCAGCAAGGGAGGAAACGACAUGUUCCUGCACGCCGAAUCAUUCCAUCAUUUUUGGGUCACUCUAAGUUCGUUUUACGGCACGCUGCUGGUCGUCCUGAUGUUGGCCAUAUGCUUAAUAGAGGUCAUGGACAACCCGGUCAAGAUGCUUUCCAUGCAGGGUAUAUACCUGAUGUAUUUAUACUUGGGCAGCAUAGCCGUGAUCAUCUGCAUUUACAUUUGGGUGCUGAUCGAUUCGUGUGUAAGCCUGACGUCUGACGAAACUGAAAUGGUCACCACCGACUCCUCGUCGCCGGGCAUGUUCACAUUGAAUCGGUUCAGUUCUUUAAAGCGAGCCCACAUCUCACGGUCUAAGACGUCGGACACCAGUUUCUACCUUAGAAUCGGAGCUCUGAUGUUCGGCCUGGGAACACUAGUGUUCAACGGAUUGGAAAUGGCCAUGCAUUCCAUGAUGGAUAUCAACUGUUUGAACGAUGUCAUUUUCGUGCAUCCCAUACUCCACGGACUGUUUACUUUCUUACAAAUGCAUUUUCUGUUCAUAAACUCUCAAGUUUUGGUUGAACGGUUCGGCUUGGCUGCUAGGUUUGGAUUCAUGCAUUUGGCUGCCACUAACAUUGCGCUGUGGAUACGGCUCAUAAUUUGGGAGAGCGGCAUCGAAUGGGUGUACUUCAUUCACUUGGCUCAGACAUCUGAUAUCGGCGUGUCAGCCGCAUCCUAUGAGUCAGGCAUCCCGACACCUCUGCAGCUCCGUGGAUUCCCCAGAUUCAUCAGUGCAAGAUACACUCGAGACCUAAGAACAGAUACUCAUACGAAUAGCAUGUACAUAGAUUAUAACGGGACAUUUAAGAAUUCGGUUUACCAGCCGGUAUCAGAAAACCACGUGGCACAAGUGGUAACGCUCCAUCAUUGUCUCAAUACCAACUCUCUGGGUCAACUACUGACGUCUUCCAUGCCGUUUCUUUAUCCGUUUAUCGUGCAAUUCAGCUUAAUAGCCGCCGGAGUGACGUACGUGAUGGGUCAAAACGUGGGCGCCAACCAUAUGAAACCGAUGAAACGAGACCAAAAAUCACCACAGCCCAAAGACCAGAAGUCCGGGCAGAACGCACAACCCGGACGAAUGUACGUAUCGCAAGGGGUAAGUUUCUCGGGUGCCAACAAAGGUUUGUUCCUCGGGCUACUGACACUCGUGUUGGUCAUUGUCGUUGUCAUCAUAUUCCUGGUGGUCAAAGACGACCAGGAUUUCGCUCCCAACACCUUAUUUUGGAUGACAUCCAUUACGCUGGCCACCAUACUGUUCACCGGCAGUCUGCUGGGCUGCGUGGGCCUCUACCAGAUCCGCAAGCUCUGCCAUAACGGAAACCGGAUGACCGCGCUCGACUCCAUGCUGUCCACAGCGUCCAGCUCGGGCGUCGUGUUGCACGCCGUGUUCAGCUUAAUGGUUGGUGCCGUCGGCGUAUUCACCGGCAAACCGGACAGCCCGGAACAGAUGGUGGAUACAAUGUUGACGGCUGUGAGUACUCUGCAACUCGUGCAAGUGGCCAUACAAAGUUCACUCAUCGCCGAAGCCUGUCGCAGGAGUUCGUGGUCUAGGCACCAGCUGUUCACCAAACCCGGACGACAGGUGAUAACGUACUUGCUCUGUAGCAACAUGGCCCUGUGGCUAUUCGACUCGUUCAUAACUCAGAGCUGGAUGAGUCAAGAACGGCAAUUGCGAUUCAUGGGCUUACUUAGCUGGGGUUUGCUGUCGAGGAUAUCGCUGCCACUUCUAGUUUUCUACAGAUUCCACUCGGGAAUACUAUUGUUACAAAUUUGGUACAAGUCCUACAGAUAAUUUGUCUGAUAAUUGUCCUGAACCGACAAUUUAAUUGUAUAAAAUUUGUUUUUAUAAUAAAACGAUGUGCAAUAUUUUAUUUAUUUAUUAUUAUUAUCUUUGAAUAAACUGAUACUUUUUGGACUUGA